AUGGGGUCCGAGUCUGUCAAAGUGGUUGUCCGCAGUCGACCGCUGAAUGACCGGGAAAAGGCUCUCCAGUCCAAGAUGGUGCUGUCCAUGGAUCUAGAGCGCUGCCAGUGUUUUAUAGAAAAGCCCGGAGCAGCGGAUGAGCCCCCCAAACAGUUCACUUUUGAUGGGACCUACUUCACCGACCACACCACUGAGCAAAUGUACAACGAGAUCGCCUAUCCUUUGGUCGAGGGUGUCACUGAAGGCUACAAUGGUACAAUAUUUGCCUAUGGCCAAACUGGAAGUGGCAAAUCCUUCACUAUGCAGGGCACACCAGUACCAGCAAGUCAGAGAGGCGUCAUUCCACGGGCUUUUGAGCACAUCUUUGAAACUAUACAAUGUACCGAAAAUACUAAAUUCCUGGUGAGAGCUUCAUACUUGGAGAUAUACAAUGAAGAAAUAAGGGAUCUUUUAGGAAGUGAAAUCAAGAAUAAAUUGGAGCUGAAGGAGCACCCUGAGCGUGGUGUGUACGUUCGGGAUCUCUCCAUGCACACAGUGCACAGCGUGGGAGAGUGUGAGGGCAUCCUGGAGCAGGGCUGGAGGAACAGAGCUGUGGGCUACACUCUGAUGAACAAAGACUCAUCUAGGUCCCACUCCAUCUUCACCAUCCAUUUGGAGAUCUGCAGCACAGAUGGCAAUGGACACGACCAUCUCCGAGCAGGUAAACUUAACCUAGUGGACCUGGCAGGAAGUGAACGCCAGUCCAAAACUGGAGCUACAGGCGAGCGUCUCCGGGAAGCAACCAAGAUCAACCUGUCUUUGUCUGCUCUGGGUAAUGUCAUCUCUGCUCUGGUGGACGGGCGCUCCAAGUACAUCCCCUACAGAGAUUCCAAACUCACCCGACUGCUCCAGGACUCUCUCGGGGGUAACACACGCACCCUGAUGAUCGCCUGUCUGUCACCUGCCGACUACAACUACGAGGAGACACUGAGCACGCUGAGAUAUGCAAACAGGGCCAAGUGCAUUCAGAACAAGCCGAGGAUCAACGAGGACCCAAAAGAUGCCCUGCUUAGACAGUAUCAAGAGGAGAUCAAGAAGUUAAAAGCAAUUGUCUCGGGUCAGCUGGGAACAACUAACUUGUCAACUCUGUUGACUGCUCAGUCUGGGGCGUCUCCAGUCUCUUCAAGGCCCCUCUCCAGCGAAACAGAAGCUGAGAAAGAGAAGAUUAAGGAGAACUAUGAGGGGAGGCUUGCCAAGUUGCAGGCUGAGUACAAUGCAGAGCAAGAAUCCAAGGCAAAGCUACAGGAAGACAUUGCUGCGUUAAGAUUGUCCUAUGAAUCAAAGCUGUCUGAUCUGGAAAAGGCUCAAUCCACCAGGGGGAGCUCUAAACCAGAUAAUGUGAGUUCCAGCAAGCACAAUUCUGUUGAAGAGGAUUCACAUAAGGCAGAGCCCAACAGUAACAACACGAAAGGAGCUAAAAGCCAAUGUACUAUGGUGGAUCAGACUGUGGGGGAUGUAACUGUUUCAGAUGUAGAGAAGCUCACAGAGUCAUCUGGAGUGUCAGGACAAUCUGCCGACCAAAAAGACAUUAUAGAAAGGCUGCAGCAGCUUGAACAGGCUGUGGUUGGAGGAGAACAGGUCCGAAACCAGGAGCUGAGGUGGAGGCAUCAACAGAGGAAAAAAAUUGCCGACCAAAGGCAAGUCCAGCUCAUCCAGGCACUGUCCGAGAACAGCGAGGAGAGUGAAAAUGUGCUCUUUAACGUCUACAACUCCAUUCAGGAGGAGGUUCAUGCUAAAAGCCAAAUGCUGGUCAAAGUUCAGGGAAAACUCAAAGCAGCAAAACUGGAAAUCCGUGACUUGCAGGGAGAGUUUGAAGUGGAGAGGGAUGACUAUUUGGCCACUAUCCGCCGACUAGAACGGGAUGGGCAGCUCAUGCAGAGUCUGCUGGAGCGCAUGGUGCAAUUGGUGAGGAGGGACUGUAACUAUAGUAACUUGGACCGCCUGAAAAAAGAAGCAAUUUGGGAUGAGGAAAGUGCCACCUGGAGGCUGCCAGAGGUCAUGGUGCAGAAAACAACACUACCUUCAGCUGUCCCUCAAAAACUGCCAACUGGUAGAGGGUCUUCUGCAGAUUAUGAAGAACAGGAGGAAGAGGACAGGUACAAAGAAAUGCUCAACCGCAGUGACAGUGAGAACAUCGCCAACAGUUACUUCAAAUCCAAAAGAACAGCUCAGCUGCUUGGGGGUGAACCAAGCAAGGGACAUGUCAUCCACUCCUCUGCGCUCUAUAAUGGGAUGUCUCACCUGAGUCUGAGCAGCUCACCUGUGAACGUGUCUAUAAGCCCAGACUCUGUGAUGCCCCGCCCCUUUCGUCUGGAGUCCCUGGAUGUUUCUGUUUCAAAUGGUAAAAUCAGACGGAAAAAGGGCAAGUCUCAAAUUUAAAUCUUUCUAUAAAUAUUUCUUGAAUUAUGUCACAUG